AUGAAUGCGAAAAAUCCAAAACUUGGAUUGAAAAAGUCAGAUAUUGAUUUUUUUCACUUUUGUGUAAAAAACAACAUUCCAUAUACUGUAGUGGUCACCAAAGUAGAUAACGCGAAAUCUGAAGUAUUGAAUGAGAUAGCUAUUACACUGAGACAUUUAUUAUUGAGAGAGCUUAAAGAAUUGAAACUCACCAAGUCUGUUCACAUCACACCAACAAUAUUUUUCACAAGCUCAAAGAAAAGAAAAGGUAUUUCAGAAAUAAGGAACUAUAUUGCUUCAUUAUCUCUUAAUUUUGAAUCUCGUAUUAAUAUUGCAAGUUCAGACUUGAAUCAACAAGCUUUUGAUAUAUCGACCUCAAAUAACAAUGAUGACAUGGUAUUGUUUGGAGCAGACGAAGAAGAUGACGAGCCAAUAGCUCCUCUUCCUAUUAAAACCUCAAAAGAUACAAAGAAAACAAUACAGAAGGAAAAAGAUAACGAAAAGUCAGAGGAGCUGAAUACAGAAAAACCCGUCAAAUCGCAAAAGAAACAAUCUGUUAACAUAGCAGCCAUUCCCAUUGGUGCUCUCGCACAAAAGAACAAAUACGUUCAAAGAGCUAAACAUCUUGACGAUAGUGUAAAAAGAAAUGCAAAGCAACUCAAGUCGUAUGGUGACAUUGUCAAGUACCAUCUCAGAACGGCCAACAGAAAAAAAAAGUAA